AUGCAAAUGGAUGUUUCUGACAUUGAAAUGAAAAAAGAAGGGGAUUUUAACAGCCCCGUGCACUUUAACAAUUUUACUGAACAAACAGUUUCUUCACCUAAUGGGAAGGAAGUGGAACAAAAUAAUAAUAGUGGUCUUUUACCUGAAAUAAAUAUUCCUAUUGAUACUAUUGAAGUUAAUCCCACCGCAAAUAUUCCGUUAUCUGGUGAUUUAGAUAGACCAAGCCAAAAUCUUGAUAACAACCAAACGAAUAACUUUUCUAGUAGUUCAAAUGUGGUUGAUUUGAUUGAUUACCAAUCAAAUGUUUCAAAUAAUAAUUCUUAUAAUUCCUUAGCAGCAGCACCCCCAACGCAAAAAACAAUCUCAAAAGACCCCCCUCCGGCAGCGGAACCCGCCUCAUGGCAAAUUCCGCCAAGUGCUUUGCAGCAAAAGAAACCUUUGAAGAGCAUGCAGUUUGAAAAGUACGAAAAUCGUAUUUCAAAAAAUGUUUAUGAUACAGAAGCAUGGUUAGGCCUCCUUACUGAAGUACAGGCUAGGGCAGAUAUUGAUAAGGUUAGAGAAGUUUUCGAAAGGUUUCUGCAAAAAUUUCCUACAUCGUCACGUCAAUGGGUACAAUACGCUGAAUACGAACUCAAACAUGAAAAUUUCGACAAAGUGGAAGCUAUAUUUGCCCGUUGUCUUCGCUCUGUUCUUUCCGUUGAUUUAUGGAAAUUUUAUCUUAAUUAUGUACGACGCAUGAAUCCAAUUGAAAAAGGAUCAACAACAAGCUCUCAGGCAAGAGCAACUAUUGCAAAAGCUUAUGAAUAUGUUCUAAAUCACAUUGGUUUAGAUAAAGAUGCUGGUACUCUAUGGAGUGAUUAUUUGUUUUUCUUAAAAACUGGGGAAACGCAUAGUGCCUGGGAAGAACAACAAAAAAUGGAUAUUAUGAGAAAAACAUAUCAAAGGGCAAUAUGCAUUCCUCUAAAUAAUGUUGAGCAUAUUUGGAAAGAAUAUGAUCAAUUUGAGAAUGCAUUGAAUAAAGUAACGGCUAAAAAAUUUUUGCAAGAUCGUUCACCAUCAUAUAUGACUGCACGCACUGCUGUAAAAGAGAUGCGCCGAUUUACAGAUAAAAUAAACAAGAACAUAAUCCCUACACCACCAAAGUGGGUGAAGAGUGAGAAAGAACAGUUAUCAUAUUGGAAAGAGUGGAUUGAAUGGGAGAUGUUAAACCCACUCUCUCUUGAGGAUCAAUCUGCUCUUUCGCAGAGAAUUAUUUACGCAUAUAAGCAAGCCAUGAUGUUUGAAGCUGCCAAUUAUUGGGUAACGAUAAAAAAGGAUGAUGAUGCGGUCUCUUUGUUAAAAACGGCAAUGGAAGUUAUACCUACCAGUUUUCUAGUUCAUUUUGCUUAUGCUGAAUUACAAGAACAUCGAAAGCAAUUCGCCGAGACUCGUAAAGCAUACGAGUCAUUACUAUCAAACGUCCAAACCCAGAUUGAAGAAAGCGAAAAAUCUACCGCAGAUGAAAUUAAUGCUUUGAUGAAGACUUCUUCUGCUGAUAGUGUUAGCGAAGAUGAAAAUACGUUAGACCUAGAUGGUGAAACUCGUGAGCAAUUAAGGAUUAAAGAGAAGGAGUUAGAGAGAGAACGAACAAAAAUUGAAGAAAGCAGGCGGCACGAAAUAGAUGAAUUAUCACGUGCCUAUUCGCUCGUUUGGAUUAUGCUGAUGAGAUUCACGAGACGUAUUGAGGGGAUUAAAUCCGCGCGUCUUAUAUUUAGCAAAGCCAGAAAGUCGAACUACUGCACUUAUCAUGUGUUUGUAGCGUCAGCUUUGAUGGAAUACCACUGUAGUAAAGAUCAAGCGAUUGCUGGAAAAAUUUUUGAGCUAGGUCUGAAGAAUUUUAUAUAUAGUCCAGAGUAUGUUAGUCAAUAUUUGGAUUUCCUUAUCCAGUUAAACGAUGACAACAACACAAGAGCUCUUUUCGAACGAACUUUGAUGUCAAUGCCAGCUGACAAGGCUAAAAUUGUAUGGGAACAAUUCUCUAAGUACGAAAAUAAUUACGGAGAUCUAUCGGUAAUUCGAAAAAUAGACGAACGUCGAGCAAAAGUAUAUCCUGAGGAAUCGUUUUUGUCAAGAUUUGCAGAACGCUAUAGCUUUUUAGAUACAAAUAUCAUAUUUCAAAGAGAAGUCGGUCCAAAACCCGAUCCUGAAACUAUUGACAGUCUGCCAUCAGAAGUUCAAAAUGAAGAGGAGCACGAAGUGAUACCUACACGAAGAGCAUUAUUGGAUUCUGUUCAUCCAGAAAAAUAUCCCAGACCAGAUUUUCGGCAAUGGGUCUUAUAUAAACCUACAGCGGAACAAUUAAGACGUCCAUUUUUUCCACCACCCGUUUCUUCAGGCCAACCAGCACCUACCCAGGCGGGAGGUUCAAUACAACCUCUUGGUCCAUCACCUCCUUUAGGUACCCAACCAUUAGGAGUUACUCCACAACCACUUGGUUCUCGUGGACAUUCUCCUCCUGCACCAAUUACAGCACAGCCUGUAUCUCUAAAUUGGACUUGCGUAAAUGGGGUGAUGCUUCCAGAAGCUAUUGCUAAAUUCCUGUCAAUAUUACCUUCUGCAUCAAGUUACAAUGGACCAAUUAUAAAUCCAAUUGAUUUAAUGGAUAUAAUUCGCAAUUCCAUACCGACACAGUCGAAUACCACUAUAAGUGGCAGUGGCUUAUUAAAUGCACCAUUGGCACAACAUUCACUUCAAUCACAACCUCGAGACAGAUCAAGAGGAGGUAGCCCAGCUCGUGGUGAUGGUAGGGGCUAUGGCAAUGACGGAAGAUAUGAUGGACCCAGAGGUUUUGACAGGCCUUUAGAAAAUGGUCGAGGCCGAGCACGCCAGGGUGAAUUUUUUGGAAAACAGAUGAGGGGUCCAAAUCCCCUAUCACGUGGAUUACAAUUCAAACGUAGGAGGAGAGAAUUUGAUGCUGAAACUGAAGAUUUUCAGGGCAGAGGAGGUCCUGGAAUUAACCGACCGCCCGAUUACGAUCUCUUUCGAGCUCGCCAACAAAAAAAAGCAAAACAUGGAUCAUAUGGAACUAAUCCUAACGCUACAGUUAGUUCUAAUGAUGUAUAA